GCUAGUGGAGUGGUGGCGGCGGUUAAUGCAUGGAUUCCCUCCGGUCCUCGCGCUUGGUUGUACUGUGACACUAAAACUGCCCGUGACACAUGGGAAGCUGGUCCUCGCCCCAACUCCACGCUCAUCAAGAGAAGUUCAGGGCUGAGGAACUACUGGAGAGAGUGGCAUCGGCCAGCGGAGCCGGCUUGCCGGGGUCCAAGCCCUUAGCCCGAUGGGUGGGCAGCGGUCAGAACCCCCUGAAGGAAGCGGUGCCCACGCCGGGCUGCGUGCAGAUCUGAGAGGAGGAGCCGGGACCCAGAGUCCUGCCCGAGGGUCUCGGCGAGGGCGGAGCUGGCCCCGCCUCCAGAGGCCGGGGUUUAAAAGGAGGGGAGGCUGCACUGCCAGCUCGGGCAGCCCGGCAGCGCCUGCAGACUGAGCCAAACAUAGCAGAGCCCAGCGAGCCGCGGUCGGGCACAGCAUGGCCCGGCGGGCGGGGGGCGCGCGACUACUUGGCAGCCUCCUGCUCUUCGCCCUGCUGGCUGCGGGCACCGCCCCGCUCAGCUGGGAUCUCCCGGAGCCCCGCAGCCAAGCCGGCAAGAUCCGAGUGCACCCGCGGGGCAACCUCUGGGCCACCGGUCACUUCAUGGGCAAGAAGAGUCUGGAGCACCCCAGCCCAUCUCCCCUGGGAACGGCUCUUGACCCCUCCCUGAGGGACCAGAGACUGCAACUGAGUCAUGACCUACUCAAGAUCCUCAUGCUGAGCCUCAGUGGCCCAGCACCCCAGACCCAGUACAGGAGGCUGCUGGUGCAAAUACUGCAGAAAUGAUGCCAACAAUGGGGCAGACAGGACAACACGGCGUAGAUU